UGUAGAGUCACAAAAGAGAAGCUGAAUAGAAUGAAGAGUGCCUAAAUUGUUUGCUGGUCAUAUCUUCAGAGCGAUGGAGCAUUACAGAGUAAACAGUUCAUGCUGCUCCCCAGGGCUUGCGGGACCGUGCCAGGAACACAGUGAAGUAAAUCGUCCUGCCGAUAGGGGUACACAUAUUUGAAGACAUCGCUAGCGAAGUAGUGAACUGGGCUCAACUCAAACUGUCAGUGAAGUGCGUGUGCAAAGUGGACGUACAAGAAGUUUAAAAGAAAUUCAAAAAGGCUACAGCAGGUUUGUCUUUCAGGUCGAUAACAAUAGAUGAGAUGGAGAUUUCAAAGUGAACAGAUUUCGAUUUGUGAAUACUACGUUAUCACGACAGUAACUUAAACAGCUUCAAGAUAACCCUGUUGCGCUCCAGAAGUCUGAAGUUAUACGAAAUAUGUGAACCACAUUGGUUAGCGAGUAUAUUACAUGGACGAGGUUGAUUUUUAGAAAAGUUUGUCAAUUGUCGUUCCAAUAUCAUGGCAACAGGUGUUUAAUCCCGACCACCAAACAAAACUGGAAUGUCGUCAUCAUCGGUGACAGCUGCACAGGCAGCGCUUGCCCAGCUACGACAGCUCCAGAAACGACCGUUAGUGCUUUGGUCUGCAGCACCCUUGGUCAGCUUUCUUGUCAUGGUGAUUUUUAGGAAGCAGGUUCGUCUAGGUGUCAGGCAAAUUAUGGCGCUUCUUUACGGAGAAGAUCUAAAAUCGAAGCAGAACACCACCAAACUUGCUCGUUUCAAAAAGGUGCUUUUCGAGAAUCUCAAGGAUCUGAAAUCCCACGAUGCCCAAUUACGCAAAGAUGGCAGGCUAUACAUUGUGGAGCUGAACCCCAGUACGGGCAGUAACUUCGAGUUCUACCCACGCGGCUCCAAGGUCGUAAUAGUAGAGACGGAGCUCAUGUUUGAGCAACUCUACAAAAAAAAGCAACAUGAAUUUCCAUUCUCCCACAUUAAGGUCGAACGCUUCAUCCAAGGUCGGCCUGAAUCACUCAAAGAUUUACCGGAUGCAUCUGUCGACGUGGUGGUGGCAACACUUGUAUGCUGCUCCGUCGAAAAUCUCGCUGUUAGCAUGCGUGAAAUUAAGCGUGUCUUGGCCAAGGGAGGCCGGUACUACUUCUUAGAACACGAACAAUAUCAAGAUCCUAGUUGGGGCUAUUCGAUCCAAAAAGCCGUCAACCCCAUAUGGAAAAUGUGUAACGACGGAUGCAACGUUUCACGAAGGAUCGGUGAGGUCAUUGAGUACGUCGGCUUUCAUUCCGUAACAAUGAAAAAAUACCACCCUGCUGAAAUUCCGUUUCUCAUGAGGCCUCUUGUCGUUGGUUUUGCUACGAAGUAGAUACUGCACACCACAGUUCCUCUGUUUCUUUCGCUACUCGAUUCAUCUUGUGUUGUAUAUUCAAAUAUUGAGCAUAAAAAAGUUAUGAGAAAACGUCAAACAUAUGACUCUAUAUAUUGGUUAGGUGGUACUUAGGCGUUCAAUAUCGAUGGCCUAAUGGCUGACCCGUUUGAAUAAUUGACAAAAUCUUUCGGGAAAAAUGUCGUUGCCGAUUGAAACGUAAUCAAACGAACUAGCUAACUACAGCAUAAUAUAACGAUCACCAUUUAGGUAUCUCACUCUCGACUGCGUAGGGGUUCUACCGUUUCAAUAUUUCGCCACAUAAAAAAAGCUCGAUCACGGUUAUUAUUAUUGAAAACACCGGGUCGAUAGGAAUCGAUUUAAUCACUUUGAAUCACGUGAAUUAUAAAAAGCAGCCAUUUUGAACUACGCCUUUACCAUCAAAUAUUUAGAGCUAUACCAAAUAGGGCGCAUAUCUACAAAAUACGACAUUUUUUUUUACGGCAAUAACUAACUCGACGAAUCGUUGAGUUUUACAAGUAGCCUUUAGCACACAGUCAAAAUGUCAAUUUUGACACUGGAAAAUAGAGUGGACUAGAGACGCAAUAGCACCAAAUCAGCUGCGCCAUCAUUAUCAAGAUUUUAGCAAAAAUAAUGACAGGCAUGCAAUUACGACAAAUCGUAUUGACUCUUUCAUUGCGUGCUAGUGAUUUCACCAACUUGUAGCCCGUGUGUAGGUACAGGACCUGUGCGAACAAACCCCUCGUCGAGCGUUGGACCCCAUCGUAAUGACAGAUAGGUUAUCAUUGUAGUUGUCCUCUAACGGCAAAAACAAUAUCACUGUCUCCAAGCGACAAUAAUUUUUUAAGGCCUACGUAUAUUUUACUUCUAUAAUAUUAUAGCGUCCGAGACCAAUUGAAAGAUUGCUCCUCAUAGCAGAUACCGGAGUGUCGAGUCUAAAGUGACGGCCUCAGCUGUACACCUCCUGUACACAGCCUCACACAUGAGGCGCUUGUGAGUUACCACAAAUCAGAUCAGCCUUUUCUCGAGCAUCGAGGAUGCAUUAUUAGCUCUAUACUACGCUCACUGGCUAACAUUUGCAUUAGACACCUUAAUACAGGUUUUCCGACAUUGAAUAUAAUCCUGUACAAUAGGUAAUAGCUACUUUUUGAUCGUACGAUGUGACAGUCUUUGGGACAGUCAAUCGAGUGCUUAGAGCUUCUUGGGCUGAGUAAAUACUCAUUGGCGAUACGCAUUAAGUAGACUAGACGUACCACCUUCGGAUUGAUGCUGUCAACGCCAACCAAAUUUAGCCAAAUGCCGGGGUAGAUUGAUCAGCUAGAACCGAUCAUGUUCUUGAAAUGUACAACGAGCGGAUCUAGUCCUCCUACAAGUGACUGAAACGUUUUGUAGAAAUUCUUCGCUGACGUAGUAUCUUCC